AGAAGACACACGAUAUCACAUUAAUACGGAACAACGUUAAUUAACCUACAUGCCGUUACUUAGUCACGUCAGAAGUUCGUAAUCAGAGCCGCGUUUCGAUUUUCAAUCAAGUAGCCUCUAGAUACACUGCUACAAUAUAUCUUAGCUAAUUAAUUUUAUAAGUAUAUAUGUGACGAAGAAGAAUAUAAAUUGUAUAAUUUCCUGUAAAGAACAUGGAAUUACUAUGAAAAAAAUGCAUCAGAGAACAAGAUGGAUGGAUAGCGGCGAGUAGUCCCCUUACAGGGCGGUUAGUUUGGUGCCUUAAUAGAGGGUACAAGGGUUUAGAGAUAGAGCCAGGCCACAGGAAUCCGCGACGGCCGGUGGUUGGUUUACCAAAGGCCAUCCAUAUGGGACGUGGUCCAAUAUCGCGAAACCUGAUACGCACGGGCGAUAAACGCGGGUCAAAGCAAUACGUGGCAGUAAAAACUCAACCGUCUCGUAGCUGUACGCUUGUGCCAAUAUACCCUAUAGGCCACUCUAAUCGCCUGUCGGCCCGUUGAUUGCCUCCUGAGAUGCUGAACAUUUCACAAAUAUUUGACUUCGGAAAUCACCUCCCGAAGAAGAUCGAGAAAGAAGAGAGAAAACGAGACGAACUUUGGCAAUAAACUCGGACAAACCUGACAAGAUGAAAGUAUCUCGUAAAAAGUUCAGGAAGAAUUUAUGUUGUUAGGCAAAUUUGAAAGUUUAAUGUUUAAAUUAAACUUUAUACAUUAAUCAGAAGAACUAGAAUUACAUUGGUGAUGAGGCAUUUUAAUUGUAUAUUGCGUUUACAUCAUACCAAAAUAAAAAUUAUACAAGUAGGAAAUGCAAUGCAACGUUGCGAUUGAAUUCGUGCCAGCCGUUUCCGUUUUACAUUUUACAUUUGAAUGUAUAAUGCUGGCUUGGGAUUAAAAUUGUUUGCAUGUAAAGUCAAGCGUAUUACACGUAAAUUACAAAUCAAAUUCACAUGUGACGUUAAUACGCAUAAUGCUUCUAUUAUUACGAUUUCCAUGCAAAUCGCUCUAUUACCGUGCCAAUGAUUAAUGGCUGUCCCCGAGAAAGAUAACUAGGCAUUAAAAAAUAUCGUACGUACAGCAUUGUAUAUUGUACGUGUUCAAAAUAUAAAUUGUAGUCGGAACCGACGAGUGUCUACGUGGUAGAAACAUUGCAAUAAUGAAAUACCUGCCAGCGUGUCAAAGUUGAAACAAACGUCAUUUUGAAUGCAGGUCCAACAAUCGAGAAAUGAAGCAGGAAGUAUCGGCAGUAUAUCAUUUUUGUUAUCGACAGCACAUCAUAUAUUUUCUAUAGGACGAGUUUAUGUGUCGGUUAAUGAAGGAUCACUUACCGAUAAUAAUUAUAAAGUUUCACAAUUCUCGUACAGAAUAUCCGGAACAAAAGGAAUAAAAAUUAUAUAACAAAAUUAUAUUUUAGUCUUAUAUUUACUUUAGAUAUGAGGGCAUUAGCGAUACAAUCUUGCUCAUGUUUGUUGUCGGAAGUUAGGUGAUUGAAGUUCGAUCAAACUUAGAAAGGAGACCUUAACGUGAAAGGACUAACCAAUAUCUACGUUUUAUGUUACAAAAGGAAAGCCGUGAAAAGCUUUCAGGACACAAACUGGGGACCUACUUUAGAGAAUAGAAGAUCUUAAAAAAUAUCGCCGGCUGGUCGCUGAACUUACGUGAGACCAAAAGUUUCGUUCGUUACGAGACUCGAAAGCUCGUUCUUUAAAAGACCAAAGUAUUCUGGCGAAGUCCGAAAAAUCAGAUCGAACAUUUCUGAAACUAAAAUCGAAGAACGACUUAUAAAAAAAUUAUCAUCAGUGACUGUUAUGGAGCGACUGUCAAAUAAAUAUCAUAUAUCAAUACCAUUUUGUGCAACUUGAUACUAUAAUAGCACAAAAGAGGUGGAGCGAACCGGGGAAUUAAGCGAGCCGGGGACUUAACCCUAGAAUGAUCUUGUAUUUGCUCCGAUGUUAAAUUAGGGCAACAAAAUAAAAGACCCCCUUUAAUUAAAGCUUUUACUUUAGUAAGAAGUAUGAAGGCGCACCACAUUGCGAUGAGAUAACAUUACGACGGCAGAAAUGCACGUGCAUUCGUUUGCAUCGAAUCGUCGCGACGCUGAAGAAUUCGUCCGUGUUUUGAAUGGAAGCACAGUGUCAAGUUAGCACGAAGAAGCAGUGUACGAUCGCAUCAAUCGUCGGCAAAUCGCCGUCUCGUGACAAAAACGGUGGUCGUUUCGAGCAACAAAUUCCGCACCAUGAGGACCGCGUGGAUCCUCUCGUUAGUGGUGUCGCCAUUGUUGGUGCUAGGUAGUUCCCCCACUACCACUCUUAGAGAGGGAGGAAUCAAAAUCGGGACUGGUAGAGGUUCAGUUCCCAAGAGCAUAAGCACGGGCAGGGGCAAUUCAGCAGUUCGUAUUGGUGAGAGAUUAUCGAACACGACGAGACAGCGAUCGUUUCCGACUACCACGACCACCACAACUGCACCUACGCGUUUCACUCCGCAGUCUUCUGUGGGGAAUAACAUUAACAUCACCGAUCUCAAGGUGGGCAUGUUGGUGCCGUACAAAUCCUUUGGCGUGAGAGAGUACACCAGAGCAGCCAGCUCUGCUAUUAGCGCGCUACAGAGGAGUACGAGGGGUCCAAGGUUGGGGCUUUUCCAGCGAUAUGAUCUUCGUGUCAGGAUAGUGAUGAAGGAGCUCACACCAAGCCCUACCACUAUCCUGGACUCACUUUGCAAGGAGUUUCUUUCGCUGAACGUAUCGGCCAUCUUAUACCUUAUGAACUACGAGCAAUACGGACGUAGUACGGCCAGCGCUCAAUAUUUUCUUCAAUUGGCCGGUUACUUAGGAAUUCCUGUGAUCGCAUGGAAUGCCGAUAAUUCCGGACUGGAGCGACGGGCGUCGCAGAGCAACCUACAGCUGCAACUGGCACCGUCGCUGGAACAUCAGACCGCGGCGAUGCUGAGUAUCCUGGAGAGGUACAAGUGGCAUCAGUUUAGCGUAGUCACCUCGCAAAUAGCUGGUCACGACGACUUCAUACAGGCGGUCAGAGAGAGAAUCUCCGACAUGCAGGACACAUUCAAGUUCACCAUACUGAACGCUAUUCUGGUUACGGAACCACAUGAUCUGAUGGAGCUAGUCAACAGUGAAUCUCGAGUGAUGCUACUGUACUCGACCAGAGAGGAGGCUGCUUCUAUCCUGAACGCUGCCAGGGAUUACAAAAUUACCGGUGAAAAUUACGUGUGGGUCGUCACGCAGAGCGUUAUUGAGAAUCUACAAACCCCCAGUCAGUUCCCGGUCGGAAUGUUAGGUGUACAUUUCGAUACGAGCGGUGAAAGCUUGGUAAACGAAAUCACAACGGCAAUCAAGGUCUAUGCUUACGGUGUCGAAGACUUCAUCAAUGAUCCGAAAAAUGUGAAUCGCAGCCUGAACACUCAACUGAGCUGCGAAGGCGUCGGUGAAUCACGGUGGAGCACGGGGGAUCUAUUUUUCAAAUAUUUGAAGAACGUUUCCGUCGAGGCUGAUCAAGGAAAGCCGAACGUAGAGUUUACUCAAGACGGCGUGUUAAAGGCGGCUGAGUUGAAAAUUAUGAACCUUCGACCGGGAGUUAGCAAGCAGCUUGUUUGGGAGGAGAUCGGUGUCUGGAAGUCCUGGGAGAAAGAGGGUCUGGACAUUAAGGACAUCGUCUGGCCGGGCAACACCCACACUCCUCCACAAGGCGUGCCGGAGAAGUUUUACCUCAAAAUAACCUUUCUGGAGGAGCCGCCCUACAUCAAUCUUGCACCGCCCGAUCCUGUGACCGGAAAAUGCUUGGUGGAUCGCGGUGUUCAUUGCCGAGUGGCCAAGGACUCCGAUAUGGUUGGAAUCGAUCUCCAAUCGGCACAGAAGAAUGAGAGCUUUUAUCAAUGCUGUAGUGGAUUUUGCAUCGAUCUGCUGCAGAAGUUUUCCGAGGAAAUUGGUUUCACUUACGAGCUCGUAAGGGUGGAAGACGGCAAGUGGGGUACUUUGGAGAAUGGGAAAUGGAACGGGCUUAUAGCUGAUCUGGUCAACCGAAAGACCGACAUGGUGAUGACUUCGUUGAUGAUCAACUCGGAAAGAGAAGCGGUGGUCGAUUUCACUGUACCUUAUAUGGAAACUGGUAUCGCCAUUAUUGUAGCAAAAAGAACAGGCAUAAUAUCUCCCACUGCGUUUUUAGAACCAUUCGACACGGCUUCGUGGAUGCUGGUGGGCAUUGUUGCCAUACACGCCGCAACGGUAAUGAUACUACUCUUCGAAUGGGCAUCGCCUUCCGGUUUCGACAUGAAGGUAAACCCUUCAGGCGCUGCGCAAAAACUGAACAAUCCAUCGACGAAUCAUCGAUUUUCGUUUUGUCGCACGUACUGGCUGGUUUGGGCCGUAUUAUUUCAGGCUGCCGUCCAUAUCGACUCUCCCAGAGGAUUUACAGCCAGAUUUAUGACAAACGUCUGGGCGUUAUUUGCCGUGGUCUUCCUCGCCAUUUACACUGCCAAUCUGGCUGCCUUCAUGAUCACGCGGGAGGAGUUCCACGAAUUCAGCGGCGUGGACGAUCAUAGGCUCGCUAAACCCUAUUCUCACAAACCAAUGUUCAAAUUCGGCACAGUACCGUGGAGUCACACAGAUAGUACGUUAGCGAAAUACUUCAAAGAGAUGCACUCUUAUAUGAGGGCUUUCAACAAAAGCAGCGUUGCAGACGGCGUCGAAGCUGUCGUCAGUGGAGAUUUGGAUGCGUUCAUUUACGACGGUACAGUCUUGGAUUAUUCGGUCGCCCAGAACGAGGAUUGUCGACUGCUGACAGUCGGACAGUGGUACGCCAUGACGGGAUACGGUCUGGCAUUUUCCAGGAAUUCAAAAUACUUACAAAUGUUCAACAAACGGCUAUUGGACUACAGGGAUAACGGAGAUCUGGAGCGACUGAGAAGAUACUGGAUGACUGGGACGUGUAAGCCUGGGAGGGAAGUACAAAAGAGUAGUGAUCCCCUAGCAUUGGAGCAAUUCUUGAGCGCGUUUCUCUUAUUGAUGAUGGGCAUACUUUUGGCGGCAGUUCUUUUACUUCUGGAACAUCUGUAUUUCAAAUACAUCAGACAGCACCUGGCGAAAAGCGACGACGGUGGCACAUGCGCCAUUUUCAGCCUAAGCGUAGGGAAGUCGUUGACCUUUCGGGGUGCAGUGUACGAAGCGCAGGACAUCUUGAGGCACCACAGAUGCAAGGAUCCGAUCUGCGACACCCACUUGUGGAAGGUCAAGCACGAGCUCGACAUGGCCAAGAUCAGGAUACGGCAGCUUGAGAAGGAUCUCGAGGCCCAUGGAAUAAAGCCCACCCAGACCAAGAGGAAAUCCGGAAGUCUCGGCUGGUGGCGAGGGUGCUUCCAAAGUUCGGACCGCCUUACACAACCGGAGCCAUUGGCGGUGGAAGCUCCGCAUCCGCUACCGCCAUACUUCGAUUCGUACAUCGAUGCCGUCGAGGUUGCCCGUCCGAGGGAUAUGAGUAGGAAUCAUGUGGUCAGCACAGAGUACGCCGAGACGUUCUUGCCCACGGAGAUUUACAGGAUUCCGGAUGAUGACGCUACCAGGACGGAAAUCGCCGAAAUGGAGACAGUUCUGUGAUCGUAAGAGGAUCGGCUUCGGUCGCCCAAUUGCUCCAUACUGGAAGCAUAUGGGACAGACUGAAGAGCCCUUGAGAAGACUCCGGAAACGACGCGAUUUGAAAAGGAAAUCGUGUCCUGUUGCUCCUGCCUCGAACAACGAGCCCCACCCUCACAUCAACCUUUCGUUCGGACAAAGACGCUGAUCCGCUGAUAUCGAUCCUCGGAAACUGUCGUCGCGCGCGCGGUGAAACAACGAGAGGAGGAACGUCGUCAGUGCCUAUCAAUGAUCGAGAAUCAACUAGAGACCAAGAAGACACCACUCGAGGAUAUUUUGUGGCUCGAGAAAGUGCAUUUGUUGUUGACACUUGCGUUACUCUACCGAGAAAUGCAUCCUAUUACGUGUCCUUUGAAAUAGCGGAAGAAAUGCACUUGCGUGGUAAUUGCAUUCACACAACAAUAGUGAUCGUUGCGAGGGAAUGUCUCGGAAAGUUAUUGAAUCGUCGUUGAUGCUUGGAUGAACACUCUGCAAUCGAGUCGGAUUUCGAUAUGCGAAGGAUUUAUUUUUAACAACACGAUCUCGACAAGGCAUCGAAGCUAUCUGCUUCGCGCUCACGCAGUUGUGUGUACGUGCAGAGAUUCGUUUCCAAAUUUCAAACCUGUGCCUAAAAUCGUCUGGACACGGCUCGUAACGCACUAGAUGAUCUAUUAGGCGUUCUGAAAUAUGGCAGGUAAUUUGAUAAGAAUAAAGUAAAACUUUUAAUUAUUUUAGAAUACUUUAAGACGCAAUUAUCUCAUUGAAGCAAUUAGUUUCCAUUAAAUAUAUCAUUUUUUUUCCAUUAAAUACUUAUAUAUUUUUAUAAUUGUAAAUUAAUGAACAACAGUAGAAAUUUUAUAUAGAUAUUGAUGGAACUUUUGCAAAAAUAGAAACAAUUAGAUCAUCGCAUUGUGAAUUGUGCGUUUUCAUUUAUUUUAAUCCUAAUUUCUCAUUAACCUUUCAGCAUUUAUGUUAUCUAUAAAUCUGGAUAUUUAUUUAUUUAUCUCACUGCUAUUUUUAGAGAGAAUAAUUUCAAUUUAUUUUUUUUUAAGACACGAAUCAAUAUUUUAAUGUCGAUUUUCAAUCUAAGUAUUUUCUGAUUUAAUUUUAAUUUAUGAUAUGUUAUUCAUAAAAUUAUUGAAAAGGCUUAUUGCAUUUUUAACUAUGUUGUAUUAUGUAUACAUAUGUAUUAUUUAAAACACAUGUAGUAAGUGUAUCUUACUUGUAUUUUAAAUAAUUCUUGUUCUCUGUCAGUUAUCCCUUGUCAUCUUUGAUCUAUUUUAAUAUUUAAUUUAUAUUUUAUAUAACUUGAAAUAUAAUUACUUAGAGGAGUCGCCAGUGCAAGAAAGACAAUUGGAAAAAUUUCAAUUACUGUUGAUAGCUGGAACCAAGGUCACGGAGAAAAAGGCACAUAUUAUUCAGGCACCAACAAUGCAAUAGAUAGUUAUGAAAUUCCUAAAUCUUUUAAAAGGGACACAUAAAAAUUUGUACGAACUCGUGCCAGUUUUGAAAUAAGUGUCAUAUGGUAAUACGUCGAUGCGAACGACACGAAAAGAAUCCAAAAACUGAGAAACCUAAUCGAUAUCUUGAUGGAAAAUGUCAAUGUGUACCAUACGAAAUAUUUACAUGAUAUAUAAGCCUGUAUGUCGAAUAAAGUUAGUGUCAAUGAGUCCGUAUAACUAUAAAAAAGUAUAGUAUAACAUAUAUAUUUAAUAUGGUCACAUACAAAACAAUGAAAUAUUCUAAAAAGGAACCUACUUGAAGACGUAAUAUGCUCAAAAAGAAGAAGUAACAUAUAUAAAUAUGAGAUAAAAGUCGAACCAUAAUGCGCGCGUAUAGCGGAGUGUCAGGACAGGUCAUUUUUAAAUCGGAAAAAGAGAAUAUCAAGCAAGAAUAAACAUAAUCAACAAACGAAAAGGGCAACAAUGACGGUUCAGUGAAUCAAAAAUAUUACAAACGAAAAACUGAUAAAUGUUCGCAUCUGUGUGAAAUAUUUUACAUCUCUAUUAAUAAAACGCGAUGCCUAAAGUUGCGAUUUAUGUCGAAUCUGCAGAAAAACGAUCAGUCGAUAACAAUUCUUUAUAUGUUUCUUAGAUAUUUUGCAAAACUAUAUGUAAAUUUUAUAGAUUUUUGUAGACCGCGUAAGUCGUUAAUAGUCUUGAAGAAAGAAUGUUGUUACAGUCUUCGAUACAACAUCCUGACAAUCCGCAAUGGAUGACGAUUACUCGAAAUAACGAACCCCCUCGAGCGAUUUCGAGUUUCACGUGCGCAUCGGAUUCAAGAAUUAAGAUAAAAAUUUUAAGACUUACGUCGCUGUACAUAACUGCACUCGUAUUAGCUUUAAAGUGCAUUGCAGGUUACAGUGUUCCUUUUCAAAGAAUGAAACAUAAAGUGUUACCGCAAUGUUGCGCGCAAAAUAAGCUCGUUAAUCGCAUAAUGACGUGUUGAAAACAUUCCAAAGAAUUCUUUAUUAUCAGUUUACACUUAUCAUCAUUGAGUUUCUGCUUUUUCUUUGGCUACUUUUAGUAAAAUUAUGCUUUCCAGACUUGCAGUGCACGUUAUUAAGUUGUAUGCGAAAUAAAGUAAACGGAGCAUAUUUCGUAGGCAGAAAUACGAAAGACCUCGAGAUGCUCGCGAUCAAUUUCGCUUAAUCCCAUCCAUAAAAUCGUUAACUAUCUGUAAUUAUUGUGCGAUGUGCGUGCGUGGAUGAGUUGGGACGCAAAUCCUCGUCAUCCGCGGAGUAUUUUAAGACAUUGCUGUCGGAAGAAAAAAAAAAUGUUGUUACUGUUGUUGUUAAAGAUAAAGGGAAAUGUUACGUUGUUAAGUCAAGUGCGAGAUAAUUAUCCCCAGAAUAUUGGCAUGGUGUAUUCGAAUGUAUUAUGAUAAUAAUGGAGCCGGCAGAGUCGCUGAAAUUUCUAUGUGCUCGGACAUUCGCGUAAGUGAUCUUACACGUUCAGGUAUAUUUCUAUGUCCAUUGAGCGUGUAUGAAAACUGUGUAGCUUAAAUUUUUAGAAAACUGUUUCUUUCACACGAAAUAUUAACAAUAAAUUUGUUUUAUCAAAUUAUUUCAUUUAUCACAAUACUUUUUUACUAUUUUAAUCGUUUGAUUUUGUUGCAUAGACUCUUACGUAUGUUUAAAUAUAAUUUAUAAGAAUUUUCUGUACUUAGAAUAACGGAAAUACUUUGUUACAUUUUUACGAGAAUUUAUAUACUAAACGGGUAAAACACUGAAAUGCACAUACGAUGUUCGAUACGAUUUAAUAAAAAUUGCAAACUGCGUUAAUACGUGCGAUAUUUGGAUAAUCCAAAGCUGAUUAUGGCAGUACUGCCAGCUCCAAACUAUUACACAUGCCAUAUGAUUCUAAUUAAACUUUUAAAGCUAAGAUCCUUAUAUACGCGAGGUCUUUUUCACACAUGGAUUCCCAUUGCUACGCUGAGAACUCUCGGGCGAGCGUGUGGAACGGAUCCAAUCCCCUUACAGGUCUGAAUGGAGUAUGAGACUUCGUGACAAGGAUUUUCGAUCCUUGUUGAUUUCAGAGUGCAUUCGCGAUUCGCUCAGGCGGCGAGAACUUUCCACACGUGCGAUUCCUCUUCGCUUUACGUCUCAGCUGCUAUAAGUCUCCCUUUCCCCACCCACUGCAUGCGUGUGCAUUCGUAAGCUUGCACCUGCCGAUUAUGUUAAUCCACCCGAGCGACCGUUCUCUACAAAUGCAAAGUGCCCCUGCAUUUCGGUAAUUUCCCGUUGUAUGGUGUGCGCACUCGCGGUCUAUCUCGGUAUCGCUCGAACUUGCCAACUGUCUGCCACGGCGCGGUGAGAAAGCUCCUCGAAAUGCGUUUAUUAUCGAGCAGUCCUCUUAAUCAAGUGGAUUACCGUGCGUUAUCAUACGGCACGAUUAUUUACGUCGGCGCAACGAUUAGCGAUCCAUUAGCUUAAUUAACUAAUAAGAUUAAUAGGAUGAAGUAAUCAUACGAUUUGAUUUAUUAAUUACUCAUCAUUAAACGCUAAUGGAACACGUGAGAAUUUAUGUGUACGCGGGAGUUAAUACUACGGAGGAAUUGUAACACAUAUUCCCUGUCGCUUUUUCAAUAUCGCUCAGAGCACGAUUAGCUUGAGCGUCUAUUGAAACUGCAAACGGCGCGGACGAUGCGAUUUAAUUAAUUUUAUAUGUGAAUAUAUAUACGCCGUGGGCCUUUAUAUCGAAUGUGAUGUUAAAGCAGUCACUAUUGAUCGUGGAGCGACGUACUCCAGACACUGCCUAACUUCGAGCUGGUUUUUAUCUACGGCGAGGUGACACAGCGAUACAGCGCGUGAAUUGCGAAAGAAAUGAAAAUCGACUAGAGCAUGACACAAAUCGAUUUGCAUUUGUCAGACGUUUCCUUUAUAUACACAAUUGUAGGUUUUAUAAAGAGAAGUGAGUGUAGCGAGUUAAACCACUGCGCAAGAGUUUGUUUUCUGCGAGACGCAAUCUUAUGCGAAUGAAAGAAUCGACGAGUGCUACAAGCGAAAAUUAGAUUGCACCAGCGAAAAGUAACUUUGCGCUACAGCGCAGAUAAGGAUCGUGAGGUUAUUUAAUAUCCAAAUUGAUUUGCAUAUGAGCUUCAAUUUUAUUAUUUCUAGGAUUCUUGUUACUUGUAAACUAUAUUUUAUUUUUGUUUCUGUCAAAUCAUUCCAAAAUUAUUACGGUGCAAUAUUAUCGCUACUGCAGCUCGCGUUACGAUGUUCCUUAAACUUGAAUCACGCAUAAACGGAGGUUACAAAUUUUCAUACUUGUAAAAUUUAUUUCAAGAUACGCACUUUUAAUUCAUAUAACUAAAGCUGAUGAAAAAUUUACCCUCUAACUUACGUAAUUUUCUUACUUAUAUUUCCUUAUUAUAUAACUCAAAUGAUUGCGAAACUCAAUUACAAUAUGUACAGGACAAUGCUUGUAACAACGUGAAAUCUAUCACAACGAUUCGUCAAUCGGAGUGGUUGGAAAGCCCUGAAAGAAAAUCACUGUGCGCACACACGAAAUAGCGGCCUUAAUAAUUUCCAGUAUGGUAGUCGCUGCGAACUCCCCAUACUUGUAACUAUUAGACGUACGCUGAAUUUUUCCGAGGGUCGAUGACAAACGACUUUCUUUCGUGAUCUCUGUCGGACUCAAAUCCCUCGCCUUUUAAACUUUCUAUUGCUAGCCGAAACUCUUUCGAUCGCAAUCUCUCUAUGUGUAUAUAAGAUGAACUAUUCAAACAAGGACAUUCUCUUGCCGGGCAAAAUCUGUCUCGGCCGAAAUUUUGUAUUCAAAUAAAAGAUUUAUAAGUAAUUCUAGAAGUUUGUAGGUGACAAAUUAAAUCAUAUCAGUCGUUUUGAUUAAUUGUUUGAUCAAAAUUGCGCAAGUGUCACAAAAGAAGUGGACGAUCAAUCUUUUGCAGCAAUUCGGUACGUCUCGUAAAAAAAAUUGGUGUCUUAUCGAACUAAUCAACUUUUAAAAAAUGUAGAUUAUAUAAAGUAAAGAAUAUUAACGUCGCUCUUUUUAAAUAUUCUUCGUGAAAAAUGAUAAAUUUACGUUGCAUUGCGCGAGGUACAACGAAUACGACGCCGAUACAACGAAUAAAAACGCCACUUUUCAGCGACUUAUGGUCCAAAAGUUAUUUUAUUUCAAAACUAGUCGGGUCACACACACGAGUGAUUGAAGUAUUAAAACGUAAUUAUUUACGUUAUCUUUCUUUAUCUAAAGUUUCCUUAAAUUUCUCGCUUAUUGUACUCUUGUAUAAAUUAAAUUCUAAGUAAAUUGGAGAGUUGUCUUUAUUUACCCAUUAUUUUCGAAAGGUGUACUCGCGCGAAUCAACGAAAAAUUAAGUUAUUUUCAUCGCCUCGCGAUAUAACGUUCGAUUGUUGCAUCGAAAUGGUUGCGGCUACGAUCUCAGAGCUCAUUGUCGCGAAAAGAAAAUUCUAACCCUAGAUUAGAUAUGAAAUCACCGAAGGCGCCGCAUCCGAGCGUGAAGGGUCGCGCCGUUUUGUGCCAACCGAAAAGAUUGCUGUGACAUCACAAUUAGAUCAUAUGAGUAUGCGCAUACCUGAGGUGUAUGAACUCGUGUAUAGUAUAUCGUACUCGUCGGUGUACUUGUAUGUACAUAAUAGGAAGUCUCCUCCGAUGGAUCCUCUCGUCCUCGCUUUCCGUCUUUGUCGCCGAGGACUAGGAUUAGCAAACAGAAAAUCCUUUAGGAUUUAGCCCUUUAGGCAAAGCCCUUUAUAGCGAGCGCAGCUUCGGAAAUGAAACCUCGCGAUCGGGACCCUUGCGGCAAUAAUAAGGGUCCCUGCUCCCUCUUUUUCCGACUCUACUUCCGUCUGUCUCUCUUGGGUCUGGGAUAUUUUACUACGUGUUUCUAGCCCAAGGGAGAGCAAAAGAGCCCACGCGAUAUCGUCAAGUGAAACUAUUGCCCGUAUGGAACGGCGUUCGUGAGUUCCGCGGCGAGAGUGAACGGGCGAGGGUGAAACUCGAAUGGGUCGAACGGGGUUGCUCCGCGAACUCGGAGCAAUUGUAUUUGUAACGUGCACGUCUUGGCAGAACGCACGAACAUUAAAAGGGCUUAUAAGGAACAUACGUGGUACGUGAUUGUAUGUUGUUUCCAAUAAAACAUUGUUGUUUUGUACGAGGCGUUACCAUUCUUCUUCUCCUCUUGCUUAGUAUAUUUUCUUCGCCUCUUGCUUAAUGUGUUGACA